AGAUUGGCGCCCUACUACCACCACAAGAUGACCACUAUCUCCCUACCCAGCUUGGAGGCCAUGUUUCCAGAGCACCUCUUCAGGGUACCGCCAGGGCUACGUGUAAAAGGCAAUGAACCGCCUAGACUCAUCCCAUCCUUCCCACCGUCUAUCAACGGGAAGCGCAAAGCAUCUUCAUCCCUCCACGUCCUGCGCCCGGACACAAACCCGCCAUCUGUUUCAUUCAGGCAUAUUGGGCACUCAGGUUCCAGCAUCUUACGGCGCCAUUGGCCGUCACAUACUAGCGACUCGACCACGACAUCAAGCGAAGGGGAAGGGGACGAAGACUUGGAGAAUACCGAUGUUCCGAGUUGCAGAAGGCACGUUUGUAAAAUCUGCGGGAUGUAUUUCAAUCGGUCGAAUAGCCUAAAGAUACAUGAGAACACCCAUGCGGGCGCAAAACGCUGUGGAGGGCAGUUCAAUGUCAAUUCUAUGCGAAGGCACUACAGAUCUCACUUGGGUACGGAUAAAGUAGGGGGGAGAUUAUCGGGGUCUCCUGGCGCUGCUUCAGCGUCAGAUUCUAAUUCAAGUUCGCACAAACAAGAGCAAUGUGUUGCAGACCUCGAAGAAGUUGAGGAUGAGCCAGGAGAACGUUAA